AUGGGCGGCGCAGCAUUUGCUCAUGCGGUGGCACAAGGACAACCGACACUGCGAACUCCGCGGAUGACACCAGAGACAUAUGAACGCUUAAAGACCAUCUACCUACAGCGCUUGGCGGAGUUCUUUCCAAAUUGCCGUGUCACUCAACUGCGAGAGGCUCCAGGCAAAGCUGAUUAUGGCGAUAUCGAUUUCAUUGUCGCCUCGGAUGGCCCGCUGGAUGCCACUCAACUUGCGACUGCUCUUGGAGCAGCUGGCUUCUUGUCGUACGGUGGUCUACAUAUGCUGGCUGUAGCCCUCGACGGCGAGAAACACACCGAACCGCCAAUAAGGUACACUAACGUCCACUCAAACAAGGGUCGACAGGCGUCACCGAUACAGAGCGAGUUGGAGUAUGCGCAGAUUGACAUCGACUUGAUUGAGCCAGCUUUAUUCGACUGGCAUGCUUUUUAUGCUUCAUAUGGCGACUUGUCGGGCUUGCUUGGGCAGAUUGUCCACAAUCUAGGGUUCACGGUGAGCGAUAGAGGUCUAUUCCUUCGUCUCAAAGAGCUCGAAGAUGCGAAAGCAAAGGCAAGCGAAUUUCACUUGCGCGUCACAGAUCGGCAGGGCUUGUUAUUUCUUUCGAAUGAUCCAGACCAUGUCAUGCAAUUCCUCGGCCUCAAUGUUGCGCAAUAUCACUCCACCUUCGACUCUGUGGACGAAUUCUACGCCUGGCUCGCAACAUGCAGGCUGCUCACUCCAGAUUAUGUGGGUAACUUGCAGUACAAGCGCAAAGACACAUCGAAUCAGCGUCAAAAGGAGCACAAACGAUCAAUGAUCACAAGCUUCUUCAAAGAUUAUCUGCCAUUGCAUAUGGAGCUAGAGGUUAGCGACCUCGAUGAUUCGGCAACCUGGAAAGACGAUCUUGCAAGGCGAAGGCAGGAAUGGCGCGAGGAGGCUGUUUCGUUCUUCGAUAAGCGGGAAGAAGUUGACAAGCUUCGAGACGACCUUGCCAUUUCUAUCGCAAACCAGACUGCCGAUUAUCUGAUCAAGCCGAUGGUGGCAAAACACUACGACGGAGGCGAGAAAAAGGUCGCUGAAAUUGUCAAAGCCAUUCGUCGAUGGGUGGGCUUUGACGGUGGCCAACCAAAGAUUUUGGCACACAAACAUAGCGAUGAAGAAUCGCAGUUGCGAUUCUGGCUGGAUGGCGACGCUCUCAGAAAUUCAGCUGCUGUGGACGACUGGCUUCGGGACAAUUGGGAACAAUGCAGGGCAUUGGAGCGAGGGAAGACAGAGCCAGAAUUGGCUGCUGCUGUGAAGUGA